AUGACAUGUUCGAUCCUCAGCGACCGAUCGACUCAAGCCGAACCCCCCAAAGCUCUCGACGCAGCCCCCGACACUGAAAAGCAAGAUGUAUACCAACCACCUACAAGACCAAAACCUCUGGGAGGCCCACCAGGUAGCCAAUAUGCUCCGAAAACCCUCAAAUUCUGGUUAAUAAUGGCCUGUAAUUUUCUAUCACUCUUCAUCGUGGCCCUUGACCGGACAAUCAUCACGACAGCAAUCCCCAAAAUCACAGACGACUUCAACAGCCUCGGUGACAUCGGCUGGUACGGGUCAGCAUAUAUGCUGACAGGCGCAACCUCACAACUGAUCUUCGGUCGUAUCUACAAGUUCUACAAUAUGAAAUGGGUCUUUUUGGCUACCAUGGUCAUAUUUGAAGUUGGGUCUAUUGUUUGUGGCUCUGCUCCGUCUUCAAACGUGCUUAUAGCCGGACGGGCUAUUGCUGGUUUUGCAUCUGCUGGGAUCUUCUCCGGAUGCAUGCUUAUUAUCAUCCCAUUAGUUCCGCUUCAUAAGAGGCCUAUGUUUCAGGCUAUGUUUGGGGCUGUUUUCGGUCUUGCUUCUGUUUUGGGACCGCUUAUUGGGGGUGGGUUUACUGGUAGUGUCACUUGGAGAUGGUGCUUUUAUGUCAACCUUCCUAUCGGUGCAGCUACCUGGAUCUUCAUGGCCUUGGUUUGGCAUCCGGUGAAAGUACAUCACGAUUCUAUUCCUGUGACAAUGCAUAUCAAGCGUCUCGAUCCGCUUGGUACCUUCUUCUUGGUUCCAGGAGUUGUGUGCCUCCUGUUGGCGUUUCAAUGGGGUGGUUCAAACUAUGCAUGGAACAAUGGCCGCAUCAUUGCUCUGUUCGUUCUCUUUGGUAUUCUGAUGACGGCCUUCGUUGCUGUUCAAAUUCUCAUGCCGGAGACAGCGACCAUCCCUGGUAGAAUCAUCACCCAAAGGAGUAUUCUCGCCUCUACUAUCUUCACGUUCUGUGGAGUCGGCUCCAUGAUGAUGACAAUAUACUACUUGCCAAUUUGGUUUCAAACCGUCAAACUCGUCAAUCCUGUUGAAUCGGGAAUCAACACUCUCCCCCUCGUACUGAGUCUAGUCAUCGCAGGCUUCAUCGGCGGCGGUAUCACCAAAAAGUCGGGCUACUAUGUCCCGGUAAUGAUUCUCUGUCCCUGCAUCCUGUCCGUCGGCCUGGGUCUCCUGUCAACCUUAAGCCUAGACACCACCUCCGCCCACUGGAUCGCCUACCAAAUCCUAUGCGGCUUCGGUGUUGGAAUCGGAAUGCAGACAGGAGGACUAGUCGUGCAACGCAUCCUCCCGAUAUCCGAUGUACCAGCUGGAGUCGCUCUCCUGUUCUUCGUGCAGCAACUCAGCGGAUGUAUCUUCACUACUGUGGGCCAAACGAUCCUGAGCAAUACCCUGGUUUCGAAGCUCGCUGAUAUCCAGGGCAUUGAUCCCAAUUUGGUUCUUAGUGAGGGAGCGACGAAGUUAGCUUCUAUUGUUGCGCCGGGAAAUAUUAUUGUCGUUCAGCGGGUUUAUAAUACGGCCUGUAGGAGGAUUUUCUUGGCUUCUAUGGGGUUGACCUUCGGGGCGUUGAUAAGUGCACUUGCAAUGGAGUGGAAAAGCAUUAAGCAGGGAAAGAAUGGUCAGAAUGGACCUGGUGCGGUUGAAUCUGGUGGAAAGGAUAGAAAGAUGGAGACGUCCAAGCUCUCGGCGCAGAAUGUUUCCUAG